AUGGCUAGAGCUGAACAGAACCUCAAGUCCAUCUUAGAUGGAAAAUUUGACCCUAAAGAACUCCCAUGGUAUGAACAUGAUCUUUCUGAGAUUCCACAACCAGCGAAGAAGAUUCUCGAGAGUAAAAUCCCCCCUGCGGAAGUGCUUGAGCAUGUAAAGAAAGUGUUUCCAUAUCCAUGCAUAGGAGCGUUUCGUUUUUUGGAUAUGUCUGUAGUCCAAUCACCGGUGUAUGCUGAGAUUCUCCAUCGUCUGAAAUCCGGUGAAAAGCUACUAGAUGUUGGCUGUGCAGUCGGACAGGAACUGAGACAACUGGUCUUCGACGGCGUUCCAUCAGAGAAUCUCUACGCUUCGGAUCUCCGUCAAGACUUUUUUGAUAUUGGCUAUGAUCUAUUUAAUGAUCACGAUAGCCUAAAGUCUCAAUUCAUAAUGGCAGACAUUUUCGACGACAACUCAGACCUGGUAAAAGCCCUAAGCAACGGAAUUAAUAUCGUCAAUGCCGCUUCAUUCUUCCACCUCUUUGACUGGGACAGGCAAGUCACCAUCGCAAAGCGUCUCAUCGGGCUGUUGCACGACCAGCCUGGGUCUCUCUUGGUUGGAAGACAAGUUGGCCGUGUUGAUCCGCCUCCUCCGGAGAAGAAGAAUGAGGCUGGUUACCGUUAUCGCCAUGAUCCCUCCACCUGGAAGAAACUUUGGGAACAGGUCGGGGCAGAAACGGGGACGGAGUGGGAGGUUGAGGCUUGGAUGGAGAAGUGGGAUGGGGCUGGUUCUAUGGAGAAGACAUUCAAUGGAGGUUUGGAGGCGUUCAAGUUGAGGUUUACUUUGCGCAGGAUUUGA